AUUUGCACUUAGGUCACGAACUGGAGUUAGCAGCAGGGGAAAAACUGUGACCUGCCUACACACACACACACACACACACACACACACUCUAUGUGUGGGUGUCGAAGGGGAAUAAAAGAGCGCGAGUGCACCGGACCAACCAUCACGCACGUCUGAGACACGCGCACGCCAAAAUGAAAGCUUCACUGAGUCUCCUCACUAUUCUCUGCCUGUGUGCCAUCAGAGCAUCUGCUUUAGACCCAUUUACCAAAAAAUUUAUUGCAGUUAAGAAAGCUGACAAUGUUACACUGAGAUGUGAGAAAGCCACUGAUAAAGCUGUGACAUGGAAGUAUGAAGAUCAGCCCCUCGGACCCGCUGCAGAUAUUAAGAUGGAGGGAAACAAUAUGACGCUUCUGAAAAUCGACUUGGAUCUGACCGGGAAUUUCACCUGCUGGAGUGAGGAACAAAAAGUGGACGACACCUAUGUGCUGCUGGACAUGUCUGACUCCAUAUCUGACUCUCCUAUCUCCUGCACCGCUGAAACUUUUAACUGCACCUCCACAAUUUCCUGCACCAUGAGUGAGAAGGGCUACCAACAUUUCAGACUCCGAAAUGGAGAUGACUGGUUGAAGCCGUCCUCAGAGGGGAAGUUCUACCUGACACACACCACAAACCCGUUUGCGGAGGAGGCCACGCCCAUAGUGGUGAUUGGAGAAGGAAUGUCUGAUCUAAACCACUACUUUAACACAAGCUACAGUUUCUACAUCCGAGAUAUCAUAAGACCCGGAUGUCCUCGUGUCUCCGUGUUGAAGAAAGAGAAUGCGAGAGUGUUGGACCUGAAACCUCCCGUCACCUGGAUUCUGCCGCUGAGUUAUUAUCCUCUAGAGCAUGAAAUCCAGUUUGUGAGGAGAACCGACGGCCAGAUCACACAAGCCAAUUACACUCAUCCCUGCAACGUGGACUCUUCAGGAGGAAACAUCUUGAUUCCGAGUGGAACCAGCAAACUGCGAGCUCGCUGCCGAGACUCACUGCUGCGCUCCCAGUGGAGUGAAUGGACUGCGUGGCAAAAUGUGGGUAAGAGACGACCAAAAAAGAGCAAGAAUCAAAAGAAAAAAGAGGAGAAGAAGAAAAAGGGACAAAAGAGCAGAUAAAACCUGACUGACUCUAAUAUACAACUCUACACACUUCAUUCUCUAUCCAUUAUAUGGCUGUUUAAUUCAUUUAGUGUGUGUGUGUGCGUGUAUGUGUGUGUGUGUGUGUGCGCGUGUGUUUAUAAUAAAACCUGUUAUUCUGUGUACUUACCAGCAGGAGGCAGUGCACCUUUCUACAGAUUUUGCACUUUUAAAGAAUAAAUCUUUAUAAAUGUUC